AUGGACACACCAUCAGUACCCGCGCCACGGGAUCUCCGGGAACAGGCCAUCUUGGCUCGCCUCUCCAUCAUCCGGAACAAGCUCCUGCUGCUCAAGCAAGACCGAAGUACCUAUAUCCGCAGCCAGGACGUGAUUCCUCUUUACGACCAAACCAUCGAGCAGGUCAAGGAGCUCAACGACGUUCGCGUCGAGACUGGCAACCAUGAAGAGAAUAGGUUGGACAAGGUGUUGGAGAGCUGCUUCCAACUGCUUUCGCUCUUCUAUCUCACCAUCGGGCGAAACAACGAGGCGCCGGCUGCGUAUUCACUUACAUCCACCAUCAAGCGACUGUUGGACCAUCUCACCGAGGCAAGCCUCUACUCCGCCAAGGAUCUGGAAAGCAUCAAGUCCACGCUAGAAGAGACGGCAAAGGCCAUCAGCUCGGCGCAAAAGACUGACGAGUCCGAAGCCAAGCACUCGCCAUACCUUUUGACCCUCUUGGCGAAACGAGUGGCCCUGUGUCAGGGAAUGCUGGAAAACUUGCGCAAACGUCUCGGAGGCAUUGGCAGCCCUCUUCUUUCGAUUCACGAAAAGUUGAUUUCCAUACUGCGACAGAUUUCGUUUGCCAACACGAAAUCCAAGUUCUCGGCAAGCGAGGUUCAAAAAUUGAAGAAUCAGCUACUCGAGGUUGGGGAAAGACGCAAGAAUGGAAAAUUCGCGUGUGCAGAUGGUAGCAUUCCUCCGGGAGAGGCGGAGAUCCGCGAGCUAUACGAGCGAUGCGUCCAGUGGUCCGAUAUAGUGCUGGAGAGAAAAGGAAAUGUGCAGGAUCAGUGGCGGCCGACUUACGACAUUCUCGUGGGCAUCCGAAACGACUUGGAGAAGCUGUCGUUGACGCAGGCUUGGUCGCUGCGCGAAACCGACUUGUACGACUUCCAGCGGCAGCUGGACAAGAUCGACGAGAGCAGGCAGAACGGCAACUUUUACGAUUCGCAGGGGCGGCCGGCGGACUUGUGGACGCAGCGCACGAUGCUCUACCUGAUCCGCCGAAGCUACGCGUACAUCUACUCAUUCAUGCUGUCCUCGGAGCCAGUAUCCGAGGCUCUGCUGCCCACGUACAAGCAGCUGCAGACCCUGAAGCGAUGUCUCAUUGAAGUCAAGAAGAACGGAGGCGUGACGUCGGUGCGGGAGUUGUAUCCGUACAGCAUGAAGCUCAAUUCGCUGGACAACAUGCGAGUGGACGGCAAAUUCGUCGUCAACGGCGACGUCCCGGAAGGUCAAGGCAGUGUCAGCGAGCUCUUGGCAGAAUGCUUCGACCUGAUUUACGAACUGCGCGUACAGGCUGAGGAAGGGAGCAACGAGGAGGAGUGA